CACAUCAAGGGGCCCACAAGUCCACCAGCACCUGGGGCCCGCAGUGGCGGAUCGCUUGUGCGUCAGCGUCACUAUCCCCGCGAGUGGGUGGAAAAUCCGCAGAUUCCUGUCGCUACAUCGGCCACAUGGCUGCUGCGACGGCGUGGCCCGGCGCCGCAGCCUCCAACUCGCUGCUUCUCUCGCGCUCGCCGCCCCACGCCGCCGCCGCCGCGCUCGCGCUCGCGCCUUCGCCGGGGAGCUCCAUGCGGAGGCGGCUCAUCCUCGGCGUCGGCACGCCGGCCGUAGCGGCGCUGGCGGCCGCGGCGCCGCCGGCGGUGCUGCAGGACGGGGCCGUCACGGUGCUCAUCACUGCCGGCGCCUACUCUCUUGUGCGCGUCUUCGACGAGCUCACCGAGCGGCGGCUCAUCGAAAAGAGUUUGAGCAGGAAGGUUGUGCACGUGCUAUCCGGCGUCCUGUUCAUGUCAUCUUGGCCGCUGUUCAGCAAUUCGACAGAAGCACGGUAUUUCGCUGCAGUUGUUCCACUCUUGAACUCCAUAAGGCUUCUGAUAUAUGGACUCCGUCUCUACACUGAUGAAGCUCUAGUAAAAUCAGUGACACGUGAAGGAAAACCAGAGGAAUUGCUGAGAGGUCCACUGUAUUAUGUGUUGGUGCUGUUGUUCAGUGUUUUAGUCUUCUGGCGGGAGUCCCCUGUUGGGAUUGUCUCUUUGUCAAUGAUGAGUGGUGGCGAUGGGUUCGCUGACAUUGUUGGGAGAAGGUAUGGCUCAGUGAAGCUGCCAUUCAAUAAGAAGAAGAGCUGGGCCGGGAGCAUCUCUAUGUUCAUUUCUGGUUUUCUGCUGUCCGCGAUGAUGAUGUUCUACUUCUCAAGCCUUGGUUACAUUGAUGUUAUUUGGCAGGAGGCACUUGGUAAGCUGGCGCUUGUUGCACUGGCAGCAACCGUAGUGGAGUGUAUUCCUGUGACUGAAGUUGUAGAUGACAAUAUAUCUGUUCCUUUGGCCACCAUGCUGGUAGCUUUUCUAUUGUUUAGCUCCAACGCACAAUGAUUAAUCAAUACUACUAGUACUAGUAGAUUAUUUGAACGUUCCCGCAAUGCCUCCAAGUUUCCCCUUCUUAUUUCCUCUAUUAAGCACAAGCAAGACAUGUGAUGAGUUCUUCAUUGACGAGUUUUUUCUUGAAAUA